AUGGAUUCUUUCAAAAGUGACAGAGGGAGUGUCCGGGUUGUUAUUGCCACAUCAGCUCUCAGCAUGGGUGUUAAUUUUCCAGAUGUAAAGUAUGUUGUCCAUUAUGGUCCUGCAAGGUCCUCUGUAGACCACAUACAAGAAGCAGGGAGAGCAGGAAGGAAUGGUGAGAAGGCUUGUGACAUCACCAUUUAUCAUGGUCAACAACUGUCAUUUUGUGAAAAGGGAAUCAAGGAUUUUGCCAAAUCAACUAGUUGCCUCAGGCAAGCAAUCUACUUAUCCUUCGACUCUAAUGUUAAGUCUGUUGUGCCCAUGCAUGACUGUUGCUCAAUAUGUGAGCGUGACUGCAAAUGCAAUGGUGAUGGAUGCAGUAGGAUUCCACAGCUAUUUGAACAUCAAGACAAAGAAAUUACUACCACUUGCACUUCUCGAUUUGAAAGAAGGGUUUCUACUGAAGACCGUGAAGCCCUGAAAAUAGCUCUUAUUGGAAUCAAAGAACAAUAUGACUCAUCUGCGUUAUCACCCUUUGAUCCUGUUAGUACACACGGUUUUUCAUCAGAGCUUAUUGAGGCAAUUGUGAAGGACUGCGAACACUGCGGUACGCUUGACUAUCUGAUGAGUACAUUUCCAUUGUUCUCUAAAGAGCAUGCCUUUACAAUCUUGGAAAUAUUGCAUGAGAUCUUUGACGACAUUCCCGGAAUUGAAGAACUCAUGCAUUUGACUGAAUGUGACAAUUUGAAUGAGGAAAUUCCUCCCAAAAACUUGUUUGAGAUUGAGAACUACUUUGACGAGCCUAGCCUUGGAGUUUUGAAGACGACUGGGUCAAUGUUGAGGAACUGGAGAACCUGUAAGGUUGAUUGA